AUGACUGCCACAUGGACCAAGUUGAUGGCAUUGCCGGACCUACAGCGCUCGUCGCAAUGUCUCACGGUCAUUGGCAGCAACGCUUACAUCUACGGGGGUGAGCUUCAGCCGCGGCAUCCUGUUGAUGCGAAUGUCAAUAUCGUCGACCUGCAGAGCGAUCAUGCCUCUAUCGACACCAUCACACCCACCUCAGACACCGCACCGCCACGGGUUGGAUCGGCCUCAGCCGCCCUAGGCUACAAUAUGUAUAUGUUCUCUGGCCGCGGUGGCCUUCAAAUGGCGCCAAUCGAGGAGCACGGGAUGCUGUGGGUGCUUGAAACGUUCAGGCGGGAAUGGACUCGGCUGUGGCCGAGCGACACCAAAGCAGCCUAUCCGGAGGGACGAAGCUAUCACGCCAUGGCAUCCGAUGGUGAUAAUACGAUAUAUGUGCAUGCCGGGUGCCCCGAGAAAGGUAGACUCGCUGAUUUAUGGGCAUUCAACAUCAACAACAAGGCAUGGAAGAGGUUGGCGGAUGCACCUGCGCCAUCCAGAGGAGGUUCAUCGAUAGCGUUUUCUGGAGGUCAUCUUUACCGUAUGAAUGGCUUCGACGGCAACACCGAGCAGGGCGGUGCACUUGAUUCAUACGAUCCCUCCACUGACACUUGGACGACCAUCUCAUAUUCACCAGACGGCAAGGCUGGGCCUAUUGCCCGGAGCGUGUGCAGUCUGCAAGCUUUGAAUGUAGCAGGAAAGCCAUCACUUGUUACUUUCUUUGGUGAGAGCAAUCCUAGCAAUCUUGGGCAUGCAGGCGCGGGGAAAAUGUUGAGCGAUAUCUGGUUGUUCGAUAUUCAGUCGCAGGAGUGGCAUGCGGUUGAAGCAAGCGGGCAAACACCGCCUGCACGGGGGUGGUUUGAUGCAGAUGUGGUGCCCGGAAGAUCUGUCAUUGUUGUCACUGGAGGACUUGCUGAAUCGAACGUCCGGCUCGAUGAUCUCUGGCGGCUAGAAUUCUAG